AUGAGGAUGAAACUUCUCCUCAAAGUUCAUAAAGUAUGGGAGGUUGUGGAGAAUGAAUCAGACGCAGUGGACAAUAACGACAUGGCAACGGCGCUUCUGUUUCAGUCUGUUUCAGAAGCCCUAAUUCUGCAAGUUGGCGAGCUGGAGAGUGCAAAGAAGGUAUGGGAUGCCAUUAAGGCCAGAGAAGCAAGACUACAAACUCUUCUGGCUGAAUUUGAUCGUCUCAAGAUGAAGGAUAACAAAAUCAUUGAUGACUUUGUUGGGAAGUUAUCUGAAAUCUCGUUGAAAUCAGCUGCGUUAUGGGAAAACAUGGAAGAAAGUAAGCUUGUCAAGAAGUUUUUAAAGAGUCUACCAAGAAAGAAGUAUAUACACAUCGUUGCAUCACUCGAGCAACUCCUUGACCUAAAAACAACUAGCUUUGAAGAUAUCAUAGGUCAUUUAAAAACCUAUGAAGAACGUAUACGAGAAGAAGAAGGAGAAAACGAAGACAACAAUCAAAGCAAACUAAUGUACGCUAACAUAGAAACACAGUCAAACUGUGAUUACCAUGGCGAGUGUGACAAAAUAGGUCACUUCGCCGCCACUUGCCCCGACAGACUGCUCAAGUUACAGGAGACACAAGAAACAAGAAAAGAUGAGACACAAGAAGUUGAUGGCUUAAUGAUGCACAAAGUAGUAUACCUCAAUGAACAAAACGUGCAACCUAAGGUGUUUGAGUCGAGCAUGGAUUGGGACAGAAUUUGGUAUCUAGAUAACGGCGCCAGCAAUCACAUGACAGGAAACAAAAACUACUUUAAAAGUAUUGAUGAAACCAUUACAGGGAAGGUGAGGUUUGGUGAUGAUUCAAGAGUCAACAUCGAAGGUAGGGGUUCUAUCUUGCAGGAGUUCUAUCUUGUUCGUCACACAAACCGGAGAAAAGAAGCUACUAUCUAA